GUGUUACGACUCCAUCACAACCCUUCGUUGGUCUGCCUAUGCAAUUUUCAUGUACCGUCUUUCCUACCAAAGAUAAAAGUAAUGGAAAACAACAGAAGCAUCAACUAGAGCUCAUAGCAGGAUCAGAAGGCAGGAAAUCCAAGAAAAGAAACUCAUAUAAGCUUUCUUUAAGCAAUGUGGAUUGUACAAAUAGCAGUAGCAGCAUUGGUUGGAUUUCUGGGAUGGGCUUAUGUGGCAUUAAUUAUGCCACCUCCUCCAAAAGUUUGUGGCACACUGAAUGGUCCUCCUGUGACUUCACCAAGGAUCAAACUCAGAGAUGGGAGAUAUUUGGCCUAUAAAGAAAGAGGCAUUGACAAGGAGAAUGCCAAGUGCAAGAUCAUCAUUGUUCAUGGCUUUGAUAGCUCCAAAGAUGAAAACCUGCCUAUUUCCCAAGACAUCAUAGAAGAGUUCCAAAUAUAUCUCCUAUCGUUUGAUCGUGCUGGAUAUGGAGAGAGCGAUCCGAAUCCAAAACGUUCAGUGAAGAAUGAGGCAUUGGAUAUUGGGGAGCUAGCUAACAGAUUGCAACUAGGAACUAAGUUCUAUGUUGUUGGCUUGUCCAUGGGAGCCUACCCUGUUUGGGGUUGCCUGUAUUACAUACCACACAGGUUGGCUGGAGUUGCUCUUGUCGGUCCAUCCGCGAACUACUGGUGGGCUUGUUAUCCUACUAAACUAUCAAAAGAAGCUUUGGAAAUGAUAGUUCCACAAGACAAGAAGACAUUUCAAAUUGCACACUAUGCCCCUUGGCUGUUUAAUUGGUGGAUGAAUCAAAAGUGGUUCCAUUCUUUAAGUGUUAUGGAAGGUAAUAUGGCUAUUUUCAGCAAAACAGAUUUGGAGAUAGUGAAACAGUUAUCUGAAGCCCCUAGUCUUGGUCAGGAGAAUGUAACACAACAGGGAAAGUUCGAAUCUUUGUACCGGGACCUGAUAGUAGGAUUCGGCAAAUGGGAAUUUGAUCCAACACAAGUUCCUAAUCCUUUCCCAGAGAAUCAUGAGGGUACUGUCCAUCUUUGGCAAGGUUAUGAGGACAGAAUUGUACCAAGAAAACUCAAUCAAUAUUUAGCAGAUAAGCUUGGUUGGAUUAAAUAUCAUGAAGUUCCUGAUGCUGGGCAUUUCUUAUUUUACAAUCCUACUAUAUGUGAAACCAUCUUGAGGAAACUUGUGAAUGGAUGAGUAGAAAACUUUAUGAUGAAAAAUGUGCUCCCUGUGUUUAUAUAGGUGGAUGAUUUUAAUUUUCAACAAGCAAGUUGAUGGGAGAAACUGUAAUACUAAUAUUUGUAAAAAUUCACUAGCUUUUGUGAUAAAUUAAAAUAAAAAAGCUAGUACAACAUUAUCUACUAUAUUUCCUGGAUAUAUGUGUUUCUUUGGAUCA